ACGUCAUGCACGGCUUACCGCGACCCGAUAUUGAUCUCGCAUUUCUUCGUUCGGAACAGAUCAUCGAGCGACUGGAUGAUCUCGAGGAAGUCGAGAACGAUCACGAUGUCGACGAUACGACCGAAGACGAAGAUGACGUCGAUAUCGAGGGUCUUGAUGAAGGGGCCAUCGUCGCCGACAAUUACUCCGAAGAUUCGUCGGUAUGGGACUCGGAUGACUCUCAACUCACCGAGUAUCACGAUCGACGUCGACUUCGAGAAGAAGAGAAGGAGCAUCAACGACGACGAGAACGACUUCGAAUCUUACGUCGAUCUUUACGAAUUGAACAGCAAGCUUUUUACAAAUCCAUUCCUCGCUCCGUCGUCGCGACCGACUCGAUUCACAAUAACGACGACGACGACGAUGAUGGAAAGACGAGGCGUCACGAGGACCUCGACGAAGUUAUACGACGUUACGACGAGAGACUCGCUCGGAUCGACGAGGAGGAAAAAGAGCACGCACAAGUGGUUUCACGGUUGGUGAAUCGUCGCUAUCAUAGUGUUCUACGAAUUCGUCUUCGACAACGAGAACGUCGAGUGCUCGAAGCUCGAGCGCGAGCGGAAGAGGCCCGUAUUCAGCGAGAACCGACGAUACGUCCCGAAGAAAGUUUUAUAUCUCGUGAGAAUCAUCGGGUUCCGUCUCCGGAGAUGAGGUCACUCGAGAUGGCCCCGGCGAAUAAUAAUAUGGAAGUCCGUCGUCCCAACGUCGACGAGGUGUGGGAGUAUUGUUCGCCCAUUCAGUUACCCGUAUGUCGUAUAUGUCACCAUUGCGUGUGGCCCGACGGGAUUCGACGACAUUUACAAACUCGUCCCCAUCGAUGGGCGCGACGUGAUGCCCAACAGAUGCAGGACGCCAUCCAGACAUGGCCGAAUCUCCGUCGAGAUCGGGACCAUAUCGACCGUUGGUGUCAACAACCGGCUCGAGACCCGAUUGCGUCAUUGCCCCCUCCGGUUCAAGGGGUACGAUGUGACAUUUAUCCCGACCAAUGUCGAUAUAUUUGUCGCGAUGAAACGAGUAUGAAGGUACAUUUUGCCCGUCGACACCCCGGUAGUCGCGGUCCAUGCGGGGCUCGAUGUCAUACUCAACGAGAGUUACCCGCACCGCCCGCUCGACCACUAUGGCAGACGGUAUUUUGUCAACAACUAUUUCCCCGCGGGCCCGGGUCACUGUAUUUUGAAGUUCACGCCCCCGUCGACGAGACGACACCCCCCGCUUAG